CCCGCGCGCAGCUCGCGGCCCCGGCCAUGGGGCUGCGCGGGCCCGGGGCUCCGGCGAGCUGAGGCGGCGGCGCCGGCCCGCGCGCCCCUUGGGGCCGCCCCCGCACCCCGCUCGCCGGCGUCUGGCUCUCGUGAUGAUGAAGAAGAAGAAGUUUAAGUUUAAGGUGGACUUCGAGCUGGAGGAGCUCUCCUCGGUGCCCUUCGUCAAUGGGGUCCUCUUCUGCAAGAUGCGGCUGCUGGACGGCGGCAGCUUUUCCGCAGAGUCCCCCAGGGAAGUGGUGCAAGCAAACUGUGUUCACUGGAGGAAGAAGUUCUCAUUUAUGUGCAAAAUGAGUGCAAGUGCCACCACAGGCAUCCUGGAUCCUUGUAUCUACAGAGUAUCUGUGAGGAAGGAAUUGAAAGGUGGAAAAGCUUAUGCAAAGCUGGGCUUUGCAGAUCUAAACCUGGCAGAGUUUGCUGGAUCAGGAAAUACCACUCGUCGCUGUUUACUGGAAGGCUAUGAUACCAAAAAUACAAGACAGGAUAAUUCCAUUCUUAAAGUUUUGAUCAGUAUGCAGCUGAUGUCUGGUGACCCGUGUUUUAAAACGCCUCCUUCUACAUCGAUGUCUAUACCAAUUGCUGGUGAAUCUGAAACUCUGGAAGAAGACAGAAAAGGUGGAGAGACUCUCAAAAUCCAUCUUGGAAUAGCAGAUCUUUCGGCAAAGAGUGCCUCUGUUCCAGAUGAACUUGGUGCCUGUGGACAUUCUAGAACAUCAAGCUAUGCAAGCCAGCAGUCCAAAGUAUCAGGGUAUAGCUCGUGCCACUCCCGGUCAUCCAGUUUCUCUGAGCUCUGUCACAGGAGAAACACCUCAGUGGGAAGCACAUCAACGGGAAUUGAAAGCAUUCUAGAGCCGUGUGAUGAAAUUGAGCCAAAAACAGCUGAACCAAACCUUGAUCCAGCCAGCAAAGAAGAUACUGCUUCGGAACUGCUCACCAGAUGCCCAGUGAAGCAAGAUUCUGUAGAAUCUCAGCUGAAGCGAGUCGAUGACACCAGAGUGGAUGCAGAUGAUAUUGUGGAGAAAAUCCUACAGAGUCAAGACUUCAGCCUUGAUUCCAGUGCCGAAGAAGAAGGCCUGAGGUUAUUUGUGGGUCCUGGGGGAAGUACGACCUUCGGCAGCCAUCAUCUUCCAAAUAGGGUGGGGUCCGGAGCUUAUGAACAAGUUGUGAUCAAACGCUAGAAGUCAAGCUGGUGAACUGAAGCUUCCCUGGGGGGUUGAGACGUGGGCAGUCAAGCUGUCGAGGCACUUCAUUCAAGCACUUAGGAGAAAAUGAACAUAUUUUACAAAUGAAGCACGUUCCUCUAUUAAGAGGAAAGCCAACACCGAUUUCUUCUCGGAAAGUACCCACCACCAUCCUGUCCCACCCCCCGAAAGGGAACAUCAGAACUGUAGCAUCCAGGUGCUGGGCCACGUGUUGCCAGCAGCAGACGGCUUCCGCGGUCACUGCAUAGGAUAAUGAAAAGCCUGCUUUUUCUUUCAGAACCUCCAGGUGGGGAAAGCAACGCUAUACAUCUGAGUACAGCUCCGUACUGAAGUGUAAAACCUAUAGUAGAGGUGCUCAGCAGGUUUGGGCAGUAGUAAGUGAAUCAUUUGGACCCUAUAAAUUCUGUCAAGAUAGUUAUAACCUCUUAAGGAAAUCUCCCAGAUGCUAUCCUACCUACAGUAUUGUACUGCUUAGUAACUUUUCUUGAUUAAGUAAUUGAUAUAAAGUUUGGGUGUUCAUGUUUGGGGGAAAAUGUUAUACUACAAUUUAAAUGUGUAGAAUGCUUAAUUCUCACCGUAUCCGUCACAAAUGGAGUGUGUUUAAGUCUGAGAUAUGUGAAUGAGUGUAAUGCCAUUAUUUUGCAACACGUAUUGUUACUAGUUAAUGUUAGAUGAGCUGCAGAACUCUACUAGCGCUAUAGAUGAGAUUCAUGGUAAGUUUAAUAUUUAAUAGGUUAAGCUCCCAUAAGCACCUUAAGAGCUGUUCUAACUGAAUAAUAUCUGCUGGUUUCAGGAGUCAGAAUUCAGAACAGGAGGAAAAUUGUAGCAUGGUCAGAAACAGUGGCCUUUUCUGUGUAAGUUCAGACUUAUAUCUGAAACUGAAAAUUAUUCCAAGGAGGUGGCAGAUAAGACAGGGGACAGCUGCUUGACAUUACUGACAUGGACUCGUGGUUUUCUAUUUUAAACUCCGCACAAUGGGAUACUCUGUUUUUUCCUUUACUGUAACAGUAGUUGUUUUGAGACAGUAGACUAUAACAUAAUCCAAUAUAGCUUUAAAAGUAAGAAUAUCUGAUCUGGAUCCAGUUUAACAAGCUCAGCAGAUAGACCAUCUUUUUAUCAGGUGGGAAGUUUUUCUGGUCUUACAUGACAAGUUUUAAUGUUCUUGGAGUCACUCAGUCACUGAAGAAAAAUGCAGGUUCUAUAGAACCAGUAAUUCCCAGUCCUUACAUUCAAAACCGUGUGCAGAAAAAACACGAUACGUUAGAAUAACUUUCGUCUAGGUAUUUUUGUGUUGGCAAAGUCAGGGGAAAAUACACUAAGAAAAUAUUUCAAUGUCCAAAUGUGGAGAUCUGGAAAAAUUCUGAGUAGUUCGUGUUAGGGUUUUAGAUUUUUUUAACAUUCCAAGGAUUAGGUAUUCUAAAUUAACCCAGUUCUAUUGCAAAUAGAUAUUUUUAAAAAGGUGAAACCCCAUUUUAGAAUCUUUUGAAUGUUGAGAGAUAGAGUUUGAGUCAUUAGUAAUACUUUUGUUAUUUUAUUUUGACAAAGGAAAAAAAUUGACCUGACCAUUUUAGUCUAACCAAGGAAAACCGUUAGCUUAAGUGGUAAAGACUUGCUUGCUCUCUGUAACAAAGUGAGCUGAUCCACCAUUAUAUAUUAUUGGGGGGGGGGUCAAAGUUUUUAAUAGAGAUAUGAAACUAGUGUUUACAGAUAUUUAUGACAUGUUUUAAGAACAUAUUUUUCUAUUUUCAAAAUAUUUCUAGGCUAUAUUUUUUAUUGGCACUUCUGCAAAUAAUUUUGCCAUUUUGAAAAUGAUAAAAGCUAUCAAUUGUAAGCAAAGUUCAGUGAGGACAUUCUUCAGCUAUGUAAAAGGUCCUGUAAUCCAGGCAUUGCCCAUCUUAUCCUUGCCUGCCCUCGGCCUCCUGAUACCUUUAUACAAGACUGGCUCUCAGGAUUUAAAAGGAUAUAGAAAUAUUUUUUUAAAAAUGUGGAGAUCUUGAAAAGCAUAAAAAUCAUGCCCUCUAGGGCACCUGGGUGGUUCAGUUGGUUAAGCGACUGCCUUCGGCUCAGGUCAUGAUCCUGGAGUCCCUGGAUCGAGUCCCGCAUCGGGCUCCCUCUGACCCUCCCCCCCUCUCAUGUGCUCUCUGUCUCUCUCAUUCUGUCUCAAAUAAAUAAAAAAUCUUUAAAAAAAAAAAUCAUGCCCUCUAUAAUUUUAGCAACCACCAGGUACAUCUUGAUUUACGUAGUAGGAAGUCAUUUUAAUAGAAACACUGAUGAGGGAAAAGUCAGCAGAAGUCUGGAUUCCUUUUAUUUUGUGUGGCAUUGGUGGGCAUACUUUGCAAUCACAUUUAUUUACAGUCCCCUGGAAAUAUUCGUUAAAGUUUGUUUAAAUGUCUGCCUGGCUUUUCUGGUUUUUCUUAGAGCAUGUACUGUGUAGCUAUAUUUUAACGAUGUAGCUAUUUUUAAAAAUUGCUUUUUUUUUUUAAUUUGGGAAUUUUUAUUUUUUUUAAUUUUUAAAUUUGUUUUAUUGUGUUAUGCUAGUCACCAUACAGUACAUCAUUAGUUUUUGAUGUAGUGUUGCUUUUUAAAUACCAAGUGCACUUUUGGUUCCAUUUGGAGUUGAGAAAAUUAGAUUCGAAAAAUUAGAUCUUAAUAAAUUGGUCUUUAUUUAAAGUCAAAUUUCAAAUCACCCAGUCUUGGAGAAUUUGCAAAUGUAUAACAUUGUCUUUGUCUAAUCCUAUGCUAGAGAAAGAUUAAUGGUAUAUUAAAGCUAUUUAUUUGUGAUCAAAUAAGGAAGUCUUAAAUACCCUGUUUGGGGGAAAUACAGAGGCCGGUCCGAAGCCCACUUCCUGCAACUCGAGCUGGUAACUGAGACCAGAGAGGAUGUCGGGUAGCGGGCAGAGCAGCCCUGGGCCAUCAGUUUGCAUUUUGAUGGUUGACUCCCCUUUGAGGUGUGGAAGCCUUCCAUAUUCAGCAACUGUUGUGGAUUAGUACUUUAAAAUCUAAGUCUUGACCAAGAAUCCUAAAGCCCACCAUCCCAUUCCAGGAAAAUACCAUCAGAGAAAUGAUAUCCAAACUAGAUUCUUGCAUUUUGUUUUGCUUUUGCGGGAAAACUGUGAGCCAUCAAGGUCCACCACUUAGCCCAUUUGUUACUAGAAGGAAAACAAAUCUUCAGCUAACCUCCAACCAAAACAUAAGACAUUCAGAAGUAAUUUUAGACUGGGAUUGCCACGCCAACUAGACCACUUUGCAAACUCAAGCUGACAGUAUUAAAUAAGUGCUCUGAAGUGUUAGGCUACGUAAUACUUACAUAAUCAUAUAAUAGUGCUUAAAAGAGACUGGGCUUAUGUGAUGGGGUUGCAUUUUAUUUCAACAGGUCUAACUGGGACAGUUCAGAAAUUAUACUUGGUCAGUUCUCUUAAAUGGUACGUCAUGUGAAUAUAUUCAAGUACUGUAAUUGAAAUUAUUAAUGCCCCUUUCUGUGUUGGCUUAGGUACUAUGCAUAAUUUUAAUAGCUGAGAUGUUUAAGAAUAUAAAGUCUAAAAAUAUAAAGGAUGAAAUAAAUUUAAAGACUACUCUGGAAAUAAAGGCCUUAUUACCUUAGAUACAUGAUUUUUCAUAAGAGAAUAUAUACACAGUAUAUUUUAAAUAGUCAUGUGGGUGGUCUCUACUCCCUAUAUGACAAAGUGGCAAAAUUUUUUAUUUACAACAACAACAUAGUCUGCACUUACAAAUGUUUAUGUUCAUCUUAUAUAUAUAACAAAAUUCUCUUGCUGAUAUUCAUUGACCAAAUCCCAUGCAGAGGAAUACUUAGGAUAUAUUGUUUGAUUGUUUUUUGGAAAUACAUCUUAUUCUGGAAGUUGAUACAACUUGUGGGUAAUCAUGUAAAUGUUUAUGGAAAAAAAAUUGUUAUGGAAGUGAUUCCAUUAGUAUUGUUCUAAUACUUGGAAAAUGACCUUCAUACUUAUAUAUUUCUUUGACUGUACAACUAUAAAUCCAGGAAGUUUUUACCCAAAAAAAUUUAUUGUAUUUCUAAUAAUGUAAAGGUGAAUCUUUUACCUGUUCAAUAAAAAUCAUCUUAAA